GCAGUUUUCAGGGUAUCCCUCAAUGAAAACGGUGUGAGCCGGUUUGUUCGCACCUGCUUCACCCGGUUGCAAAUUAUAUAAGUAUGUCCCAGCUCCUAUUUUCCCUUUUAUACCAUAACAGUUUUCAGUCUCACCUUUUUAUUUUACAAAUAUCCACCUAGGAGCCAAUAUCUUUUACCGUCUAUUCUCAACUAAAACCUACGCACAGGUACCUGUUUUAAACCGCGACAUCUUCAUGGAGCACAACUGGCUGACGGCUUUCCCGGGUUCGAUGAGCACCCCACCUGACUAUUCGAGAGGAAAUAACAUCUUAAAUUCCUCUCAUCCUCAGCAACAGGAAGGUUACUUGGUUGCCCUCCCUACAGAUAUGCCCUUUGAGGUCCCCAAGACUGAUUUAAAUUUUGGCUAUUCCAGUAACCCAAGCUUUCUAGGAAAUAGCUACAUCUUUGGUAACUCCCAGUUCAACCUUUAUCAUCACCAAGCACACCAGCUACAAUAUCCUCACUCGUUUCAGCUAUUCCAACAGCAACAGUUUCAUACGCCAUCUCUGAUUUCCGCGUACCCCUCUCUUCCUAUUCAAAAAAAUCUCAAUGAUCAGUUUAAUAACAGUAGCUGCCAUAGCUCCAUACCCUUCAAUACUGCUCCCGCAACUUCACCAAUCUUCCGCUCCAAGGACCCAAACAAAUCUUUGUCGUGCCGACAGGAAAAGGCAGAGGGUCUGAACUCAGUUAGCGCAAGUUCUUACGACGGGCAUAAAACCUUUAGAGCGGUUUAUAUGUCUACAAACUCAUCGUACUCUGGAUCGUCAUACUCUUCCAAUGGAAAGAUUUCAAAGGACGGAGAAAAGAAAUCGGUUAUGAAGAGAUCCCGUAUGGGCUGUUUAACCUGCCGGUCGAGAAAAAAGAGAUGCUGUGAAUCCAGGCCAGAAUGCUAUGAAUGUAGGAGGCUUGGGUUCAACUGUGUCUGGCCAGUUCCUGGAAGUGAGCACAAAAAUAGGAAUAGGGCGGCCCGUCUAGAAGAAAGUAUGAUGGAUCACGCUGAAUUUUUUAAAAUUAAAGUUCUCAGGGGUAUUGUUGAGUAUAGAAUUACCGGAUAGGGUUGUACGAUAGCUUCACCACUCACUCCAUGAAACAGCAUCCAAUACCCUCAUACAUGCUGUGUAUUUUCUUUUAUUGUCAUAUAUAGCUUUCUUUCGAUACCUAAGGAUUUUUAAAAUUAAUGAUUAGCCUU